CGGGGGACGCUGACGCACCGUGACUCCGGUUCAAGCCUCUGAAGAAGAAACCCGUUGCGCCAUGCUCGCUGUGCUGCAGCGCUGUGCUCGUGACCUGCGGACCUUCAGGACGGUUCGGACUCUGAACCAGAACUUCUGCAGCGCACACAUGGACAAACGCGUGGCCGUGGUGUUGGCGGGCUGCGGGGUCUAUGACGGCACCGAGAUCCACGAGGCCUCCGCUGUCCUGGUGCACCUGAGCAGAGGAGGCGCGCGUGUCAACAUGUUCGCCCCCAACAUCGACCAGAUGCACGUGGUGAAUCACGUGAAAGGCGAACCGUCGGAGGAGAAGAGGAACGUGUUGGUGGAGAGCGCCAGACUGGCCCGUGGAAACAUCCAGGACCUGUCCAAACUCAGCGUCAAAGAGCACGAUGCCAUCAUAUUCCCAGGUGGUUUUGGGGCGGCAAAGAACCUGUGCACGUGGGCGGUGCAGGGGAAGGACUGCUCCGUCAACGACGAGGUCAAAGCCGCGCUGCAGGCCUUCCACGGAGAAGGGAAACCCAUCGGCCUCUGCUGCAUCUCGCCCGUUCUGGCUGCCAAGGUGUUACCCGGCUGUGAGGUCACCGUCGGCCUCGAGAAGGAUGACAAGUACCCCAAUACUACCGACACCGCAGCCGCCAUCAACCAGCUGGGCUGCAAACACGUGAGCAAGAGCGUCAGCGAGAGCCACGUGGACGCCAAGAACAAGGUGGUCACCACCUGCGCGUUCAUGUGCGACGCUCCGAUGCACGAAGUGUUCGACGGGAUCGGAGCGAUGGUGCAGGACGUGCUGAAACUCGCCUGAUUGUCGAAAAGACGGCGGAAACAGAGAGGGCUGUUGUUUCAGUGAGCUUUAUUGUAGCUGCCUGCUGAACAGAGAUCGCUGUAGAAUGAUGUUACAGUAACUUCUUGAUCUAAAGCACUUCCAGAUACUAAAAUAUACAUCUGUAGCAGUAAUGAUCUGAUUUUAUUUUGCAAAAAUCUGUUUGGUUGUGUUCUGAUGCUGCGGAGGAGCCUCAAGAGGGCGAUGUUGAUGCAUUUUUAGAAAAUCAGCAAUAAAACGAGUAAAA